CACAACUAACUCAUGUGUCCAUUUUUCAUUUGUGUUCAUUUUGAUUGCUCAAUUUUUGUUAAAUUUGCAGUGAUUAAUAUUAUUAUUUCUCAAAUUUAUAUCAGUAUUAGUGAUUUUAAUAGUUGUGAUAUAGUCCGGUUCUAUUCGUACUUUGGGUUCAUAGUCUACAAUCAAAACUAUUCAAUGCGCACAAUACAAGAUCUGUGUUUUGAGGUUAGAAGUUAGCGAAAUCAAAUCAAUUUAUUGUUUUUAUUGAUGAACUAUUCCAAUUUUACUUCCAAAAAUGUCGUGUGGAGAUUGUCCUGAUGAAAACUUAUUGGACUUUGAAAAACUUGAGAACGAAAUUGCUGGAUUUGUUGAUAAAAGCAACAUUGAAGAAAUGUUAAAGUUACAAUUAAACGAACUUGAAAUGCUUGGUUCAAUGUUCCCCAACCCUGGGGAAUUGGUAGUUUAUGAUCAUAGUGUAAUUGCUGAUAUCAACGACUUCUUAGAGGGUAAAACGUCAGUCCUGCCAGCAUGUUUGGAUUUUACUAUUUUUCUUACAAUUGACUCUUUGAAACUGGAAGUGUGUGUAAAUCUACCUCACGAGUACCCAGCACACGAACCCGAAGUCUUUGUUAGAAACGACAUUCUUAAUCGCCAUCAGCAACAUGAUUUGAAUGCUGGUUUAACCGAAUACAUUACUAGCUGUGAUAGAGGAGAUAUUUGUAUUUUCUCAGCGGUGUUAUGGCUUCAGGAAAACACACCAACGUAUCUAAAGACUGUGAAGAAAGUGGAACCCAAAAAAGUGCCUAUCAAAAGUAGUGGAAAAAAGACAUUCGCCAGGUAUUGGAUUUAUUCACAUCAUAUCUAUAGCAAGAUGAAGAGGCGAGAAAUUCUAAACAUGUCCCAGGAAUACAACAUUUCUGGUUUCUGUUUGCCAGGGAAGCCAGGGAUCAUUUGUGGAGAGGGAUGGGAUGAUGAUUGCGAUGAAUGGUGGAUGAAGAUUCGCAGUAUGAAUUGGAAGAAAAUUAUGUGCAAGAAGAAGGAGGAAGAUAUGAACGACGAAGGUUCAGAGAAGGAGAAGAGAAAAUUCACCGGGUUUAGCGAGAUCUCGUUCCAGAGCACUCAGGGAAAGGCGAGAGAUGCUCACAUGGAUAUGGGCGAAUUCUAUCGCUAUCUCACACAACACGGCUGCCAACAUGUUUUCAAGGACUAUUUUGGGGUUGAUGGGAAGACUACAGCUUCCUAAAAAGGUCUAAAGCUUCCUAACUAAGCUUCAACUUCCUAAGAAGGUCUAAAAUUUCUUAGGAAGAUCUACAGCUUCUUAGGAAGGUAUAAAACUUUCUAUGAAGGUCUUCAUAGAGCUUCCAAGGAAGUUCUACAGCUUCCUAGAAAGGUUUACAGCUUCCUAGGAAGGUUUACAGAUUCCUAGAAAGGUUUACAGCUUCCUAGGAAGGUUUACAGCUUCCUAGGGAGGUCUAGAACCUCCUAGGAUGAUCUACAACUUCCCAGGAAAGUCUUCAGCUUCCUAGAAAGUUCUCCAGCUUCCUAGGAGGGUUGAAAAGUUGGUAAAGCUAUUAGAUUUAUGAAUGGUCGAAUGAUAAUUGAAAGUUUUAGCAAUAAACUCACUGCCAAUAUAAUUAACUCACAAUUAAGCUGGGUUCCCACUUUUCAGUGUCAUUGGAAGUGACCAAAACAGUGAGAAUAUAAUUUUCAUGCAUUCUUAUGGGACUAUUCAUACUCGCUCACCCGUGCCGAGUGAGAAUAGUCCCAUUAUAACUUAUGGGAAUCAUAUUAUUACUGUGUCGGUUACUUCCACUGAUACUUAUUUGUUGAAAUCCAGCUUUAGGGAGGAAUCUUGGACUAUGUCGGUUACUUUUACUGAUACUGACAUGUGUAAAUCCAGCUUUAGGGAGAAAUAUGCAAUACAAUUCUAAGACUCAACCAUUUUCUAUAUGGGUGCUUUUUAUAUCAACUUAUUAUUCUCGUCCAAUAAUUAUUGCUAAUCUAUUAUUUUCCACUAGUUUUAUUGAAGAAUCAAAUUAUAAUCUAAGUUCAUUGAAUCCAAUUGAUACUAAAUCUUGUCCAAUUAAGUCAUUAAGUUUUAAAUGAGUGCUUUCAUACAAGAUACUCAUAAAAUCAGUAUUAUGACGACUUGACAAUCAUGAGGACAAGUCAAUUAUGAGGAUAUUAUGAGGACUUGUUAAUUAUGGUGAUAUCACCAAUCACCAUAUCGUUUUCGACAAUCAAUUUUCAUGGACAUUUUAAAUUUGAAGACUGUCAAACUAUACCUUAGCACAACCUAUGCUAUUUAUUUGUUCGGCUCUACUUACUAUCGUACACAAACGAGGCGUUGGGUUUUCUGUAAUUGUUAUCAAUAAUAUUUGACUAUUUAUCAAAUUUAUCAAAAUUUGACUAUACUUUGGUAUUGUAAUCAUUCUAAAUUUAAAAUUUCCAGCUAAUAUAUAUUCUUGGACAGAACUUU